GGCCAUUGAGAUGCGGGCCUAUGCCGGCCUGGGCCAUGCUGCCAGGUGCAUGCAGGAUUGGAGAGCAGCUAAACAGUACCAUGAGCAGCAGCUGGGCAUUGCUGAAGAUCUCAAGGACCGGGCUGCAGAGGGGCGAGCGUUCCUCCAAUCUGGGAAUCAUACACCAGAUGAAAGGCGAUUAUGAUACUGCACUGAAACUCCACAAGACCCACCUGUGCAUCGCCCAGGAGCUGAGUGACUACGCUGCCCAGGGCCGUGCCUAUGGGAACAUGGGUAAUGCCUACAGUGCUCUGGGCAUGUACGACCAGGCUGUCAAGUACCACCGGCAGGAGCUGCAGAUCUCCAUGGAAGUGAAUGACCGUGCCUCCCAGGCAUCCACACACGGGAACCUGGCUGUGGCUUACCAGGCCCUGGGUGCCCAUGACCGGGCCCUGCAACAUUAUCAGAACCACCUGAACAUUGCUCGGGAGCUUCGUGACAUCCAGAGCGAGGCCCGGGCCCUCAGCAACCUGGGCAACUUCCACUGCUCUCGGGGGGAGUAUGUCCAAGCCGCCCCCUAUUAUGAACAGUACCUGCGUCUCACUCCUGACCUUCAAGACAUGGAAGGAGAAGGGAAGGUCUGCCACAAUCUCGGCUAUGCCCAUUACUGCCUUGGAAAUUACCAGGAGGCGGUAAAGUACUAUGAGCAGGAUCUGGCGCUGGCCAAAGACCUUCACGACAAAUUGAGCCAGGCGAAAGCUUACUGCAACUUGGGCCUAGCCUUCAAGGCUCUGCUGAACUUCAGCAAAGCUGAAGAGUGUCAAAAGUACCUACUGUCCCUCGCCCAGUCCCUGAAUAAUUCCCAGGCUAAAUUUCGAGCCCUAGGGAACCUGGGUGAUAUAUUCAUCUGUAAAAAAGAUAUAAACGGUGCAAUAAAAUUCUAUGAGCAGCAGCUGGGCUUAGCUCACCAUGUAAAGGACAGAAGACUGGAAGCCAGUGCGUAUGCAGCACUGGGCACGGCGUACCGCAUGAUCCAGAAAUACGACAAGGCCUUGGGUUAUCACACGCAGGAACUAGAGGUCUAUCAGGAGCUGAGUGAUUUGCCGGGGGAGUGCAGAGCUCACGGGCACCUGGCUGCUGUCUACAUGGCCCUGGGGAAAUACACAAUGGCGUUCAAGUGUUACGAAGAGCAGCUGGAUCUAGGGCAGAAGCUGAAGGACCCCAGUCUGGAAGCCCAGGUCUAUGGCAACAUGGGCAUCACAAAGAUGAACAUGAAUGUGAUGGAAGAAGCCAUCGGCUACUUCGAGCAGCAGCUGGCCAUGCUGCAGCAGCUAAGUGGAAAUGAGUCUGUGCUCGACAGGGGCCGGGCCUACGGCAACCUGGGAGAUUGCUACGAGGCCCUGGGUGACUAUGAGGAAGCUAUCAAGUACUACGAGCAGUAUCUGUCCGUUGCCCAGAGUCUUAAUCGCAUGCAAGACCAAGCCAAGGCUUACCGGGGGCUAGGAAAUGGACACAGGGCAAUGGGGAGCUUGCAGCAGGCCCUCGUGUGCUUUGAAAAGAGGCUCGUGGUCGCCCAUGAGCUCGGGGAGGCCUUUAAUAAAGCCCAGGCCUAUGGAGAGCUAGGAAGUCUGCACAGCCAAUUAGGGAAUUACGAACAAGCCAUUUCCUGCCUGGAACGCCAACUGAACAUUGCUAGAGAGAUGAAAGAUCGAGCGCUGGAAAGUGACGCGGCCUGUGGCCUCGGUGGCGUUUACCAGCAGAUGGGGGAGUAUGAUACAGCCCUGCAGUACCACCAGCUUGACCUGCAGAUAGCAGAGGAAACCAAUAACCCCACGUGCCAGGGGCGAGCCUACGGGAACCUGGGCCUGACAUACGAAUCCCUGGGCACCUUCGAGAGGGCUGUGGUCUAUCAAGAACAGCACUUGAGCAUCGCGGCACAGAUGAACGACCUGGUGGCCAAGACGGUGUCAUAUAGCAGCCUUGGAAGGACCCAUCAUGCCUUGCAGAACUAUUCCCAGGCAGUAAUGUACUUACAGGAAGGUUUAAGGUUAGCUGAGCAACUGGGCCGAAGAGAAGAUGAAGCCAAAAUUCGCCACGGUCUUGGUCUGUCCCUUUGGGCUAGUGGGAAUCUGGAGGAAGCCCAACACCAGCUCUACAGGGCAUCGGCCUUGUUUGAAACAAUCCGACAUGAGGCGCAGCUGAGCACGGACUACAAACUGUCCCUCUUUGACCUGCAGACUUCCUCUUACCAGGCCUUGCAGCGGGUGCUCGUCAGCCUUGGCCAUCAUGAUGAAGCCCUGGCUGUGGCAGAAAGAGGACGGACGAGGGCAUUUGCCGAUCUUCUGGUAGAACGACAGACAGGACAGCAGGACUCCGACCCGUACUCCCCAGUCACCAUUGAUCAGAUCUUAGAGAUGGUUAAUGGCCAGAGGGCACUAGUGCUUUACUAUUCCCUGGCCGCUGGCUACCUGUAUAGCUGGCUGCUUGCUCCUGGGGCAGGAAUUCUGAAGUUUCACGAACACUACCUGGGUGAUAACACAGCGGAAAACUCCGGCGACUUCCAGACUGCCAGUAGUGCGGCCCUCCCAACAGCCACGAGCUCGGCCCUGGAGCAGCACAUCGCCAGUGUGCGGGAGGCCCUGGGGGUGGAGUCUUACUACUCAAGGCCCUGUGCCAGCAGUGAGACAGAGAGCGAAGCCGGAGACCUCACGGACCAGCAGUUUGAAGAGAUGAACAACAAGCUCAACUCGGUUACCGACCCCACUGGCUUUCUGCGGAUGGUUCGCCGCAAUAACCUCUUUAACAGGAGCUGCCAGAGCAUGACGAGCUUGGUCAGCAACACCAUGUCGCCGAUCAAGGACGGGACCUCCUCUCUCCCCCGGAGGCAGAGCUCGUUCGCCAGGCCCCCGCUCCGCGCUCUGUACGACCUGCUCAUAGCGCCCAUGGAAGGGGGCCUGAUGCACUCCAGCGGCCCCGUGGGCCGGCACCGGCAGCUGGUCUUGGUCCUGGAGGGGGAGCUCUACCUCAUCCCCUUCGCCCUCCUGAAGGGAAGCUCCUCCAACGAGUACCUGUACGAGCGCUUCGCCCUCAUCGCCGUGCCAUCCAUCCGCUCCCUCAGCCCACAGGCCAAGUCUCACCUGAGGAAGAACCCGCCCACGUCCUCCAGCUCCACGUCCAUGGCGGCCGUGGUCGGUAACCCGAAGCUCCCGCCGGCGGUGAUGGACAGGUGGCUGUGGGGGCCGAUGCCGUCGGCCGAGGAGGAAGCCUACAUGGUGUCAGAGCUGCUGGGCUGCCAGCCCCUGGUGGGCAGCGUGGCCACCAAGGAGAGGGUCAUGAGCGCCCUGACCCAGGCCGAGUGCGUCCACUUCGCCACCCACAUCUCUUGGAAACUGUCGGCCUUGGUCCUCACCCCCGGCGCUGACGGCAACCCGGCUGGCGGCAAGAGCUCCUUCGGCCACCCCUACACGAUCCCCGAGUCCCUGCGGGUGCAGGACGACGCCAGCGACGGGGACAGCAUCUCGGACUGUCCGCCCCUGCAGGAGCUGCUGCUCACGGCCGCCGACGUCCUGGACCUGCGGCUUCCCGUGAAGCUGGUGGUCCUCGGCUCCUCUCAGGAGUCCCACAGCAAGGUCACGGCGGACGGGGUCGUCGCGCUGACGCGGGCCUUCCUGGCUGCCGGCGCGCAGUGUGUCCUCGUGUCCCUGUGGCCCGUGCCUGUGGCCGCUUCCAAGAUGUUUCUCCAUGCCCUCUACUCAUCCCUGCUGAACGGCCUGAAAGCCAGCGCUGCCCUGGGGGAGGCCAUGAAGGCGGUGCAGAGCAGCAAGGCCUUCUCGCACCCAUCCAACUGGGCAGGGUUCCUGCUCAUCGGGAGCGACGUUAAGCUCAACAGCCCCUCGUCGCUCAUCGGCCAGGCCCUCACGGAGAUCCUCCAGCACCCGGAGCGCGCACGGGACGCCCUGCGAGUACUGCUGCACCUGGUGGAGAAGUCCCUGCAGCGCAUCCAGAACGGGCAGCGCAACGCCAUGUACACGUCCCAGCAGAGCGUGGAGAACAAAGUGGGUGGCAUCCCCGGCUGGCAGGCCCUCCUCACCGCCGUGGGCUUCCGGCUGGACCCCCCUGCCAGCGGCCUGCCCGCAGCGGUCUUCUUCCCGACCUCGGACCCGGGCGACCGGCUCCAGCAUUGCAGCAGCACGAUCCAGUCCCUGCUGGGUCUGCCCAACCCUGCCCUCCAAGCCCUCUGCAAGCUCAUCACUGCCUCGGAGACUGGCGAGCAGCUCAUCAGCCGGGCUGUUAAAAAUAUGGUUGGAAUGCUCCACCAGGUGCUGGUUCAGCUGCAGGCGGGCGAGAAGGAGCAGGACUUCGCCUCGGCCCCCAUCCAGGUGUCCAUCAGCGUCCAGCUGUGGCGGCUCCCGGGCUGUCAUGAGUUCCUGGCGGCUCUAGGGUUCGAUCUCUGUGAAGUGGGUCAGGAGGAAGUAAUCCUGAAAACUGGGAAACAAGCCAACCGGCGAACCGUGCACUUUGCCCUGCAGUCUCUGCUCGCGCUCUUCGAUUCUACCGAGCUGCCCAAGCGCCUCAGCCUCGACAGCUCGUCCUCCCUGGAGUCUCUGGCCUCGGCCCAGUCCGUCUCCAAUGCCCUGCCCCUGAGCUACCAGCACCCGCCCUUCUCCCCCACCGGUGCGGACAGCAUCGCCUCGGACGCUAUCUCCGUGUACAGCCUGAGCUCCAUCGCCUCCUCCAUGAGCUUCGUCUCCAAGCCCGAGGCGGGGUCGGAAGGCGGGGGCCCCCGCGGCCGGCAGGAUUACGACCGGUCCAAGAACGCCUACCCGCAGCGGUCCACCCUGCCUCGGGGCCAGCUGUCCCCCCAGACCCGCCCUGCGGGCGGCAAAGAUGAAGAAGAAUACGAGGGCUUCUCCAUCAUCAGCACCGAGCCGUUGGCGGCCUACCCGGAAAACCGGAAGCUGCGCUUCUCGCCGGAUCACAAGCAGUCGCGAGUGGGGACAGCCGGGGGCGUGAAGGUUUCGGUAAGCUCCAAGGGCAGCGUGAGCACACCCAACUCUCCGGUUAAAAUGACUCUGAUUCCCAGCCCCAACUCUCCCUUCCAAAAGGUUGGCAAACUAGCAAGUUCAGACACGGGAGAAUCGGACCAGUCGAGCACAGAAACCGACAGCACCGUGAAAUCCCAAGAAGAGAGCAACCCAAAGCUCGAUCCACAAGAGUUGGCCCAGAAAAUUCUAGAGGAGACGCAAAGUCAUCUCAUCGCGGUGGAACGGCUGCAGAGGGGCGGCGGCCAGGGCAGCAAGAACAGUCACCCGGAGGACGGCGGCGGCGGCCCCGGGCCCAACGGCGGGGCCGUCUUCAGGGCGUCAGAGACCAGCGCGUUCAGCAGGCCUCCCCUCUCGCACCCCAAGGGUCAGCCGUCACCGGUCGCUGCUAAACCAAAGCCCCCAGCCAGAAGCUCAUCCCUUCCCAAGGUGAGCUCAGGGUACAGCAGCCCCACCAGCUCGGAGGCGUCCGUCAAAGACAGCCCGAGCCAGCACGGGGGUCGGCCGUCGCCCGGCGCGGACUCCCACACCUCCCUCCCCGACCAGCCUCUCUUUAAACUCAAGUACCCCAGCUCUCCUUACAGUGCUCACAUUUCCAAGUCGCCGAGGAACGUGUCCCCCAGCUCCGGCCAUCAGUCUCCUGCCGGGAGCGCGCCGUCCCCGGCCCUCUCCUACUCGUCAGCCGGUUCUGCCCGCUCCAGUCCCGCCGACGCCCCCGACAUAGACAAACUGAAGAUGGCAGCCAUCGACGAGAAGGUGCAGGCCGUGCACAACCUGAAGAUGUUCUGGCAGAGCGCACCCCAGCAUUCCGCGGGACCAGUGAAAAUAUUCCGGGCCCCCCCUGGGACGAUGACUUCCAAAAGAGACGUCCUCAGUCUCCUAAAUUUGUCUCCUCGGCACAAUAAGAAGGAGGAGGGAGUGGACAAGCUGGAGCUUAAGGAACUGUCCGUGCAGCAGCCUGGAGAAACGCCACAAAAAGCGCCCCCCAACGGCCACUGGCGCACGGAGACCACGGCACUGGGCACGCUGCCCCUGCCCGCCGGCCCGCCCGCACCGGCUCCCGCCCGCCCUUUCAGACUUCCCUCUGGCAACGGCUACAAGUUUCUGUCCCCGGGGAGAUUCUUCCCCUCCUCCAAAUGCUAGAGCGCGUCUCACAGCCGCGGGCUCGGGCUGCAGCAGCCGCGGAGACAGGCGCACGCUCACGGGCCCACGCCCGCACUCCGAGCGUGGUGGCCCCACCAGCCACGUCUCGUUGGGUGCUCCCUCGGGGCGUGGGCCGCCGCCACACCCCCUGCGCCCCCAUCCACGCAGCCGGCGGCCACCCUGGGCCAGAGCCACCACAAGCCAGAACUUCCCGUGGUGUCGGUACCGGAGGCUCGUGGAAUCUUCUACAUGCUUCACCCAAUGUUUACCUUGAACUCCCUGCUUCUCAUCUCUGAUGUGACUCUUCAACAGGAUUUUUUUUUACAAAACGGUCAUGGUUCUGGGUGGGGAGAGGAAAGGGAGCACAUAUUUUGCUAAGAGGCAUAUAUGCAGUACCUUUUAUACACAAAUACAAAUAGAGCUUUUUUUAAAGGCUUUCAGGUGCUGGUUGGGGGAGGGAUAUAUAAAAUCUAAGUUGAAUUCUACAUGAAAGUGUGAUAUUAGCCAAAAACAGAAUGGUUUUUAAAAUGCCAAUGAUUUGUAAUUAAACUGUAGCAAUUCUGGUCGAAUGAUCGCAUAACAUCACAGUAGCAAUGCAAUAAACUCACUGUCCAACAGCACUUCCGUCCUGAACUCCACAAACGUCCUUGGGGCCCCACUGUCAACCAAACUUGAAUUUUCUAAAAAAAUUUUAUGUAACUCUCUUCUCCAGGCAUUUUAGAACUAUGCAAUUGUGAUUUAAAAUGCAACUUUGUGCUUUGAAAACAUUAUUGACCUUUUUUGUACAUGGAUAAACAACUUGGUUUUAUUAUCGAUAGUACUUUGCAUUUAUAGCUAUUAUUUUUAAAAAGCUCAAAUUUUUUAAAAUGUCAAAUUUUGAAUAGUCAUCAGUAAGUAAUUAUCAAGUUUGCGGGGGAGGGGGGAGGUUGAAAUUAUUCAGUUUCCUUGUAAGCAAAAAAAAAAAAAAAAAAAAAAAAA